AUGAAUGAAGAAAUUGUUUUGAAAGAUGUUAAACUUUCUAUGAUUAAAGUACAUCCUAAAUUGAAAUUGUGUGUUGCAGUUGGAAAUAGAUCAAUUAGAAUUUUUGACUUUGUUUUUAAUACACUUACUAAAUAUAUUGAUUCUGACAAACAAGAAACAUACACGUGUUGUGAUUUUUUGGAAGGUUUUGAUCGUUUUGAGAAAGUCUAUUUUUUGUGUUUGGGUGGAGAAUCAGGAUUGAUUAAAAUAAUAAAUUUGCAAAAUGGUAGACUGUAUGCUUAUUUUAGAGGACAUACGGGAAGUAUAAGAGAUAUAAAGACUUUUGAUAAUUACAUUAUAAGUUGUAGUGAUGACAGUUCAAUAAGAGUCUGGGAUAUUAAAGAAAAUAAAUGUGCGGUAGUAAUGGGUGGUAUAUUAGGACAUAGAGAUAGAAUUUGUUCAGUUGAUGUAAAUAAAAAGAAAACUAAACUGUUAAGCGGGGGUCAUGACUUUACGUUUAGAGAAUGGGAUUUAAAAGAUGCUUUAAUCAAAUAUAACACCACUAAACAACAACAGUUUUUAUUUCAACCACUAAAAUCAUAUGAAGGAAUUCAUAAGUCAAUAAUAACUAAAGUAGCUUAUUACGGAGAUAUAAUGAUCACAUUAAGUAAUGAUAUUAUCAACAUGACAUACGGUGAAACAAAUAAUUUUGAUUUAAAUAUAAACCGUGAACGAAAAUUUUUUUAUAAUGAUUUUUUCUUUUUAGGAAAUAUCAACAUGUAUGAAAUUUGUAGCACGUUUAAAAUAAUAGACAAUAUUUUAAUAGGACUAGGAAAGACUGAUAGUAUGUUUUUAUUUAAUUUGUUAGACAUUUCUGAAAAGAAUAAUGUUCCGUAUAUAAUAAGAUUAAAGGGUAAUGAGCCUUUAGAUUUUGAUAUUUGUCAAGAUGAUCUGUUUGUAUUAUUUGCUAAUAGAAUAUAUAGAGUAAAACAUGAUUUAACCAGAUAUUGUGAUUAA